AUGCGUCACGCGAAUCGAUUUGAUGAUCGGAGUCUACUAGGUGCGUCAAUACGGCACUCCGGGAAUUAUUUCUCAAUUACAGUCAAACAGCCAUUCAUGAAAUCGUCCCCAAGUGACCUGUUCCAUUCACGGUAUUCCCUCGGUAAGUUUCACCUGCACUUCCGUCCUCCGACUGGAUAUCUGCCGGUGCGGCAAAAUAGCAA